AUGUACAUACACAGAAAUACACACACACAGACACAUGUACAUACAUACAGACACAUGUACACACAGACACAUGUACGUACAUACACACAUACACACACACAUGUACACACACAUACAUGUACAUACACAUGUACAGAUACACACAUGUACAUACACACAGACACAUGUACAAUUGUACAUGCAUACACAGACACACACAAACACACACACAUGUACACGUACACACACACGACCCCCCCUAAAAAGUUGCAGUACUUCGUUGUUCACUCACGGAGCCAGGUACUGCACUCUAGGGGGAGGCAGAGAGCACAGCACGUAUGCCUUGCUUUGCUUUCACUACGCUUAGCUAUUGAGCAGCCUGAUGGUUGCCAGUGCCAAUGACAGAUACGGCCUGAGCUCCAAGCCUGCUCAGCAAGACGGCCCUGGGGGACACACUCGCCCCCACCAUAAUUUCCCCUUGCCAUUGGCGAGCAGGCGAGUGGAAAUUUCAAGCCCUGUUGUAAUAG